CUGGUUGCCUAGAGGGAAAACGACCAGCCUGCAGCAUGGAAGGAAUUAAAAAAGGCUUAUAGAAACUUUGCUAUCUAGUGUUGUUGGCAGCUUUCUUUUUUUUCCACAUCUCUCUCUCCCUACUGAUGAAGCAUAGCUGCGCUUGGAGAGAUACCUUUCCCAGCUUACUCUGUCUGUUGCCUAUAGAAGCAAAAGGAGGAGAGAGAGAGAGAGAGAGAGAGAGAGAGAGACGGUUGACGGAGGCUGCUGUGGUUCAGCCAUCCAGAAGAUAUAUGGAUCUGUCUCACCAGUGCAGGAAAACCAUCAGCAGCACAGUGAGAACAGGACCAUCAACUAGCGUCUAAGGAAUUAAGCAGCGCCCCUCUGCCUGUCACAAUGCAAAACGCUGGCGUGCAAAGGAGACAAGAGGAAAGUGUACUUUCUCCUUGGAAAGCCUAGUCUUCCAGCUCAAGCGACAAAACAACAGCUGGUCUCUUUUUCUUCCAAAGCACCUGCAUCUUAGAGGGGAUGUUUCCAGGACACCUUGCAGAAAGCAAUCUAGGGUACACCUACCAAGGAGGUGUCUUCAGGGGUCACUCCUCUGCUCCUGCUUACGAUGAAAGAAAUAUCAUGUUGGCUACUGGUACUGCUGUCAUUUUGGUCAUCUGAAGGUGGGAAGUGGAAAAAGACCAGACUCUAAUCUUCUGAAUAUAGUCACUGAUGUUUGCCUUCUAGUGAAGACAGGAGUCUGCUUCCAAAAGUAACCAAAGCAGACUUUUGCAAGGUAACUCAUGGAUCUGUGAGCCAUUGGGUGACACUGUUGGUAGGAGAUCCUUACCCCCCAAACUCCAUUGAGACGUUUAUUCCUUACUGAAGAAAACACAAAUAUUUUUCAGCCAGGAAGGUUUUUUUUAAAAAGUAGGAAAAAACCACCACCCAGAAGGAACCUUUGAUUGAUUCUGCUAUUUCCUUAGGCAAAGCCAUGUGAGAAGAUGACCCUUUGAUGAGAACUAUUCCUCUAUACAAGGCAAAGACUUCAGCCCAUCCAAUAUUGAUGCAUGAAUUACCUCCUAAUCUAAUCUUUAAGACACUAUCAAAGAAGAAGUAAGGAAUUCAUGAGUGAACAGAGAAAAUGGAAAAGGCCUGAGUAAGAAAUGACUGAGGUCUAUUUCAGAUUCCGUGGAAAUCUUACUGGUCGUGCCCACCCACCCCCAACCCUGGCUACAGGAGUGGCAAAUGCAGAUAAAUACUCCAACUUGUAUAUGUAUGUAGGGUUGUUUCUGACCCUACUGGCCAUCCUACUCAUUCUACUUUUCACCAUGCUCCUGCGUCUGAAACACGUCAUCUCCCCUAUUACCACAUCUCCAGAGAGCACCGAGAACAUCCAGCAGUUUACAGAUGUUGAAAUGCAUGGCAGGAUCCCCAGUACUUAGUGGGCUGGAGGCUGGGAAGCAACUGGUUGCAAAAAAAAGAUUGUCUGCGAUGAGAAACCAAUUUCAUAUAGUGGAGCGU